UUUUUGGCAGUUCUUUAGGAAAAACAAACCAUGUGCGUUUUUUAUCAAAUAAAUCUCUAAAAUUCUCAAGAAAAAUCCAUCCAAAAAAUCACAAAAUGGAAACAGAGAUGUUCUUCGUGGACACAGGUCGGCCGGAUCAGGAAGCCGUGGAGAAGCCCCAAAAGGUCAAAGGACAACAAGAAAUAGUGGUAGUGAACAAGGAGAGACCCUUUGGGAAGUUUAGGCCAAAAGGGAAAUUCCAAAACAAAAAAUUCGACCAGAAAUUCAAUCCGAAUCAAGGGAGAGUUUUCCGUCGAAGGGGCGGGAAGAAGUUCCAAGGCCCAGCUCCGAUCGACAAGGAAGCCCUAGAGAAGCAUUCCAGGGGCACUGGGGCAGAUGCCACCGGGGUCAAAGGGAAUUUCCACAGAGCUAAAUUGCGGAAAAAGGAAAUUUAUCAUGAAUUUGCCACAGAACAAGCUGCCCGGACGGAGAUUCUCCUCACUGAGGGAGAGGGUUUCAUUGAACCAGAUGAGGGUGAGGAGACAGCAGAGUACACACAGGGAGAGAUUCGGGAGAAUGUGGACAUCACAGCUGCCACGAAGGCAUUUGAGCUGAAGCUGGAUUUUGGGGCUUAUCGCAUGCGCUACACCCGGAAUGGACGACAUCUCCUGCUGGGCGGAAGGAAGGGGCAUGUGGCUGCACUUGACUGGGUGCGGAAGAAGUUGCACUGCGAGACAAACGUGAUGGAGGAGGUUGUGGAUGUUUCUUGGCUGCACCUGGAGACAAUGUAUGCUGCUGCUCAGAAGCAAUGGGUCCACUUCUAUGAUAAGAAAGGCGUGGAAUUGCACUGCGUGAAGCGCCUCCAUCGUGUUGAGCGAAUGGAAUUCCUCCCAUAUCACUUCCUCCUGGCCACAGUAUCCGACACGGGCUACCUGUCGUGGCUGGAUGUGUCCGUGGGGGAAAUUGUGGGGAAUUUCCACGCCAAAGUUGGAAGGAUUCGUUCAGUUUGUCAGAAUCCCUACAACGCCCUCCUCUGCUUAGGUGGCGCAAAGGGUGUGGUGUCCAUGUGGGCUCCAUCCCAGCCCCAAGCCGUGGCACAGAUGGUUUGUCAUCCAGCCCCGUUGUCAGCCAUUGCCACAGACUCCACAGGGCUCAAUCUCUUCACUGCUGGUCAGGAUCGGUGUGUUCGUGUGUGGGAUUUGCGUCAACUCUCUGGGCCCCUUCACAUCUAUCGCACCCGGACAGCUGUGCAGGAGCUGGCAAUCUCCCAGCGUGGUCUAAUGGGCUUCGCCAUGGGCAAUGUUGUGGAGAUCUACCGGAAACCCUCAGCUUUAACCGCCGUUACACCGUAUCUGCGUCAGAGAGUCGAAGGACAUGUGACAGGACUCCAAUUCUGCCCCUACGAGGAUGUCUUGGGUGUCUCCACAGCACGUGGAUUCACCUCACUCCUUGUCCCCGGAGCUGGUGAGCCGAAUUUCGAUGCUCGCGAAGCAAAUCCAUUUAUGAGUCUCUCCCAGCGGCGGGAGCAUGAAGUUCACGCUCUCCUGGAGAAGAUUCCCAUGGAAUUGAUUGCAUUGGAGCCCAAUAAAGUGGCCGAAGUGGACGUCCCGACGUUCAAGGAGAGAUUCGAGGCAAAGCGAAAGAUGAUGCUGAUGAAGCCACCGAAGAUUGACUUUGAGCCCCGGCGGAAGGCCAAAGGAAAGGGCGGGAGUGUCCAGAGGGCGAAAAAUAAGCAAAUUGAGCGUGAGAAGAAGCGCAAGGAGUUCAAAGAGGACGUUCGGGAGUUGCAGAGGAAGAUUGUGGAGGAGCACAAGGAGAAAGACGUGGUGGCACCAGCUGAAGAUUUUAUUCCUCUAGAAUCGAAAAGCAAGAGUGUUUUGGACAGAUUUAGGCCCAAGAAAAAGCAGAAAAAGUAAAAAUUUGUUGAAAAUAUUUUUCAAAGAAAAAAAUUAAUAAAAUGAUUUUAAUAAA